GUUCGGUUGAGUUGGGCCAAUCAAAUAGUGUUUUCACACACGGAAAGACCCUUCACAUUUGUAGAAGAUGGCGACUGCUGAACCGGAAACUUCAACAAACCCAUCAAAUUCAGAAGAAGAAAAAAAAGACGAAAAUAAGCAAGAGAUAGUUAGUCUUGAAGAUUAUAUUAAACAUCCUCUGCAGAACAGAUGGGCUCUUUGGUUCUUUAAAAAUGACAAAAGCAAAACAUGGCAAGCUAAUCUCCGUCUCAUCUCAAAGUUUGACACAGUGGAAGACUUCUGGGCGUUAUACAAUCACAUUCAGUUAUCAAGUAACUUAAUGUCAGGAUGUGACUACUCCCUCUUCAAGGAUGGCAUUGAGCCCAUGUGGGAAGAUGAGAGAAACAAGCGGGGCGGCCGCUGGCUGAUUACCCUGUCCAAACAGCAGCGCAGAGCCGACCUGGACCGCUUCUGGUUGGAGACGCUUUUGUGCCUUGUGGGAGAAGCAUUUGAUGACCACAGUGACGACGUCUGUGGUGCUGUCGUCAACAUCCGAACAAAGGGAGACAAAAUAGCAAUAUGGACAACAGACUACGAGAACAAAGAUGCUGUUGUACACAUAGGGCAUGUGUAUAAGGAAAGAUUAGGUGUGCCUUCGAAAGUCAUCAUUGGAUACCAGUCACAUGCAGACACAGCCACCAAAAGUGGUUCCACCACCAAGAAUAAGUUUGUUGUUUAAGGAGUGAGUAUUUUUUUGAUAAUGCUGCAACAGUCUGAAUCUUUAUCAAAUUCAGAUCUUCAUCAGAAGAGACAGACAAACAAAAACAAAACAGUGCUGGGAUCUGACCUUUCACACAAUGUUGUGGGGGAAAUUAAAAGCCUUCAGAUUAGUAGAUAGAAGGAUUUAAUCAGAGGAAUAUUGUAUUUACAAAACUGUACAGUGUAUAAAAA